UCGCCGGGUCUCUCCGCCCCUGCGGGGCUCCCGCGCCCAGCUCGGCCCCGGGGGUCCCGGAACCCUGGCUUCGGGGACUGGCAUUUUCACCCCAUUAAGAAAUCCUCCCGGGGGUGGGGGCGGAGGCCAUCUGCCUAUGGGUGGACCUGGGCCAGGGGCUGCUCUGCUGAGAUGCGAGUUGUCCUGAGGGGGUGGCCGGGUCCUUGGGUCCAGAGUUGCGGACCCCCAGGAAAACGCAGGUCGCGGGGAUCAGCAGAGAGAAGGGGGUGGGAGAAGGGAGGGAAAAAAAAAAAAAAAAGCCAGGAAAAAAAGCCCCUGCGCAUUGAUCCGCGCCGUAUUUUUGGGUAAAUACGAUCACGUGGGGGCCGGGGAGCCAAUGAGCUGCGGGGAAAAGGCUGGAAAAAUAAUUACCUGCCUUGAUUGUUCUGUGAGCAGAUAAAAAGUACAUAUACAGUUCAUACAAUAAUCUUAUGUAUGUAAAACCCUGUUACGAUGUCGGCGACGGGGCCCAUCAGUAACUAUUACGUGGACUCGCUCAUCUCUCACGACAAUGAAGACCUCCUAGCGUCCAGGUUUCCGGCCACGGGGGCUCACCCCGCCGCCGCCAGACCCAGCGGUUUGGUGCCGGACUGUAGCGAUUUUCCGUCCUGUAGCUUCGCGCCCAAGCCGGCCGUGUUCAGCACGUCGUGGGCGCCCGUGCCCUCGCAGUCGUCCGUGGUCUACCACCCGUACGGCCCCCAGCCCCACCUCGGCGCCGACACGCGCUACAUGCGGACUUGGCUCGAGCCGCUGUCCGGCGCCGUCUCCUUCCCCAGCUUCCCGGCCGGGGGCCGUCACUACGCCCUCAAGCCGGACGCCUACCCCGGGCGCCGCGCCGACUGCGGCCCGGGCGACGGCCGCAGCUACCCGGACUACAUGUACGGCUCGCCCGGGGAGCUGCGCGACCGCGCCCCGCAGACCCUGCCCUCGCCCGAGGCGGACGCCCUCGCCGGCAGCAAGCACAAAGAGGAGAAGGCCGACCUGGACCCCAGCAACCCCGUGGCCAACUGGAUCCACGCCCGCUCCACAAGGAAGAAGCGCUGCCCCUACACCAAGUACCAGACGCUGGAACUGGAGAAGGAAUUUCUCUUCAAUAUGUAUUUAACCAGGGACCGUCGGUACGAGGUGGCCCGGGUUCUCAACCUCACCGAGCGGCAGGUCAAAAUCUGGUUUCAGAACCGAAGGAUGAAGAUGAAAAAGAUGAAUAAAGAGAAAACCGACAAGGAGCAAUCCUAAACCCUGCCCCGGCCUGCUGCCUCGGCACAGCCAAGGGAAAAACACAACAAAACAAAAAAACCCACAAAAAUACCCCAACCCAGGAGGGAGACAGCACGAAAAAGAAAAGGAAAGAGCAAGAUAGAGAAAAGCCAAUCAGCUUAAAAAGAAAAAAAAAAGGGGAAGGGGAAAAGGAAAACUCUUGCGAUUUGGGAGGGUUCAGUGUUGAGAAAUUGGUGUUUUAGAGUUAGUUCUACCCGGCGAGGAGGAGGAGGAGGAGGAGGAGGCGGGGAGAGAAACCGCGUUCUCUUCUCCCAGCGCAACUGAAAUAAAUGACACACACAAAUGUGA